UAGGGGGCGGAACGCGCCAAGUCCCAAACGAAAUCUCGCGCCAAAUUUACAGAAAAUUUUUACACGAAACGUUCGUCUCUCGUAGAAAAGUUGCUGCUAACACUACAAAUUGCUACAGAAACGUGUAAAACUGCUGCAAAGGAACCGAUAUGAUCCAGAGUACGACACAGUGAAGUUUUAUCGCAAAAGACCCUCAAACAGAUGGAGAAAUAAACAUUGUUGUUUUGCAAAACUCCCAGAAACUUAACAGAAUGGAUGCCGAGAAUAUAGCUCCGAGUUUUAUCCCUGGAGAUUUCAACAUCAAUAAUUAUGAAGAAAACACUGAUGAUGCUGGGAUUGAAACGGCUGCUUUGCCGAUGUUCGAAAGCUCCCAGAAUGCACCACUAAGCCAGGAUCUCCAAUGUAGUCAGGAGUCGCUACCUGGAAGUCAGGAAUCGGCAGAGGUUCAGUUACAAUUCCUCAAUGAACUCAAUUCACAGGAAAAACAAAAUAUGAUGGAUGAUUUAGACACACUUCAGGAAUCAACAAAAGAAAAUACCAUGGUAACAGCACAAACAUUUUCACCUGAAUUUCGACAUCCUACUUCCCCUAGGCCUGUCAUGGGAGGUUUCAAAAACUUUAAUAUUAGUACUGGAGGUAAUACCAUAGACCACUCAAAUGUAACCCCUACAAAACCUGUAAAUUCCACCGAUCCUUGGACACCUACAGCAAACCUUAAGGUCUUAAUGAGCGCAGCAAGCCCAGAGAUUCGCAAUCGGGAAAAACAGAAAGAACUUUUUCAAGAUGAGGCAAAAGAUUUGACAUGCCAAGAAGAUAUAAAUAUUGAUGUAAUGGAAGAAGAACCAACAAAUGAGUUUGGUGGAGGAAAGAUCAAAGUGGAAGGAAGUCGCAAAGAUAAAUCACUUGGAUUGUUAUGUCAAAAGUUCUUGAAUCUCUAUCCCGAGUACCCAAUUGGACAUCCUACCGAAAUCUGUCUCGACAAUCUGGCAUUAAGUUUAGGUGUAGAAAGACGUAGAAUCUAUGACAUCAUCAAUGUUUUGGAAAGUGUUGAAAUCGUCAGCCGUAUUGCGAAGAAUCGUUAUGCAUGGCAUGGCAAGACAACCCUUACCAGAACCCUGGCAAGAUUGAAGCAACUUGGGGAGGCUGAACAAAUGAAAGAACAGCUGGACAACAUGGGGUUGUUCAUGCCAUCGGACUCCAUGGCAAGACUGAAGCAACUUGGGGAGGAUGAACAAAUGAAGGAACAGCUGGAUAACAUGGGGCUGUUCAUGCCAUCAGAAUCUGGGACAAAGCUCGAGACUAUGAAAGAACUCCUUCAUGUGACUGACCAUACCAAAGUACCCCUAAAGAACAAUAAUGAAAAUAAUACCAGAGACUCUAUUCGUGACCCUAUGUUUAAAGCUGCAUACCAGAGAAAGGAAAAAUCUCUCGGAAUCAUGAGUCAGAAAUUCUUGAUGUUAUUCCUGGUAGCAGACUACAAGCCAAUAAGCCUAGAGCUUGCUGCCAAAAUCCUCAUUGGAGACCCUAAUGUUGAUAAAACUGAAAACUCAAAAUUCAAAACAAAGAUAAGAAGACUAUACGACAUCGCCAACAUUCUCAGUAGCCUCAAUUUGAUUGAGAAAGUGCACAUAAAUGUUGUCCGAGGACGCAAACCAGCUUUCAAGUACAUUGGCCCCAAUGUGGAUGAUCCUACAUUGGUUGAUACUGAUGCUUCAGACGGUUCAGCCUCUACUGCUGAUCACCGCCAACUUUCCUGUCACUCCGUCCUUGAAAACAACUCUGGACGAGCACAGCCACAGGCGACUAUUACCCAGAAUCCUCAGCCAACAUCUAAAGUAACGAAUAACAAACCAAAAUCAAGCUCACUAAACAGAUUGAAAUUCGACGGAAGAGAGCCAAAAUCAAAACGAUCGUUAUCGAGACACGCUUCCUUUGAGAUGAUAUGUGCAGCAGCUGAAAAAGAGAGGUCGAAAUUGUACGCACACUUACCUGGUGGAACACCAAGUAAAUUAACAGAAAAACCAGCAGCGCCAACGCUUUCAAAAACCCAAACAAUGAAAGUGCUUCAAAGCAUACCACAAGCGACGACAAAUCAAACUGACAAUUCUGAAGUACAAUCUGUGAACCCCAAAGAUGUAAACCCCAAAGCAAAGAAUCGUAUUAUAUUCAAAACCAAACAAACAAAAGUUCCUGCGCCGGCUGCAACUAUCGUUCAUUUGACUAAAGAACAGAUUGACGCUGUUCUACGAUCAUUAAAUACAACAAAUGUUGCAGACGCACAGACUCAAUCCUCGCCAUCAUUGGCAAACUCUGUACUUUUACAUCUGAAAAAGGCGUCUGCUCAAAACCAAAAAGAGGCUCAAUCAAAAACUGCCCAAAAGACUGUGAUCGCGACAACUCUAGGAGACAUAAAAUCAGAACCAAAUGACUUUGAAUCUGAAUCAAACAAAGGAACUGAAUUAACAAGAGACAUAUAUGAAUCGCCGACAAACGUUGAAUUGAGAAAAGUUGGAAAGAAAAUUACUCCAACUCAUGACAGCCUCACACCCGAGCAGCUCUAUAAAGAAACGCCUCUUGGUAACAUGUCACAGGCUGAAGAUGCAAAUAUUCGAAGAUCUAAACGAUCGAUUCAGCAACGCCAUCUAGGAGCUGAUUAUGAAUAUACACAAGUAACGAAAAAAUCUAGAAAUAACUCGAGUGCUGAAUUAGACAGCGAUGAAUCAUCACAAAUGUCAACUUCUUCGCAGGAUGCAGAAGUUGAAAGAAUUACCCACCAUUCCCUGCAGAGGAGGAGACUUACUGUUAAACCACGUCCUUCUCCCUUACGAGCGCUCCAUUUGGAACCAGAAUUCAGAGAAUCCCCGUCAACAUCAAAUCUGAACACUCCAUCGCCAAGUUUCGAAAAUAAAUUUGGAGAGUAUGACAAUCAUCUUGCGUCUCCUCUACCAGAGGCAGAUGAUAAUUUGAAUAACAAUAAAUUUCUCGCAGGUAUUGACCCGAGUGUACCAAUGUUGAUCGGGGAGGGUCUACGUCCUGCCUCAGCUGAUGAACUCGAGCAGAAAAAUGCAGUUGCCGCCACAUCUUAUCAACCAAUCAUUUCAGCGAAUAUUAUGCGCCACACAGCACCAAUUACUGUCGUUAGGAUCUCCCCGACUGAAAUCACCCAACGUGGCUCAGAUGCAGCAUUUCCCGCCUCCAUGUUAUCCCCUAAUACAAUUACCCCCGUUUCAUUUCAACAAGUGAACACUAUCACCCCAGGACGGAACAUCAAUGUUUCAUUUAAGAAUACCCAAUCUGGACAUUUCCAAGGGGGGUCUGGAACAACACAAAUGACUUACGCAACCCAGCUGGCCAAACAGCCUUGGUUCGUGAAUAACCCCCAAAGUCUGUUGACCACAGGGGCAAACCAGGUGUCCGCCCCAAGUGGAUUCUAUCAGAAUACCCCUGGUGGGUUCAUACCUCUCGCUACAGCUAUUUCAUCAACUGGAAGUGCAGGGCAUCAACAGAACAUUCCCCCAAUGCAGGCAGUUAGGAACCUUACCAUGGACAUGAUAGAGCAAAUAUCUCACCAGUAACAUUAUUUUCCAAAACCAUAGGAACAUUGUCCUUCUCUCCCAAAGGUGGAGAGCCUCGUACCACAAAGGUACAGCCUCAUACCAUAUACAAGGUAGAUACUUACCAUAACUACAGGUGGUAGCAUAUAUACCACAGAGGUAGAACCUCAUACCAAAGAGGUAUAUUCUUAUAGUACCAUAGAUACCAAAACGGUAGAUAUGAAUAAACUAGCAAUAUAAUUUUUUUGUCAAAACUGCUAAUAUUAAUACACAAGUACCUUUGAUACUUAUAGCAUUUUUCUUAACUUGCCAUUUUUAACUAUACUAUGAAAUAAAGAUGGCGUUAAAAUCAAUAUAACUUCCCACUCAAAAGUGGAGAAAAAUUCUCUGGAAUGAGCCUGAGGGUAUUAUAACUUACCUGGUUCUCAUCUUGUGAACUAUAAAAGUGCAAAGCUAAAUAAAUGCCAAGUUAGAAGAAUGUCUAGUACAUUAGAAUAAGGUCCAGUUUUAUGGAUUGCCUCAAAAAAUGGCUUAUAUUGAAAGGACUGUUCAAUACAUUUAGUAUUAUUUAUUUUGAUCUGUGCACUAAACGUACACGAAGUUUACACUUGGUGUACAGUCUAGUAAAAGUUUCACAUUUUGAGGUAAUUAAUCUAUUUAUAAACACGGGUUGAUUACCUAGCUGGUUGUUUUCUUGAGACUGUCCACAAGACUGUAGUGUAAAAUACCCAUGUGUAAGUUUCUCUAUAUUGAGGCUCAAACAAACGUGUACAAAAAAGUAGAACACUAGAUAUAUAAUAUUUAAAAUCAUGAAAUAAUAAGAAAUAUUAGACAUUUGAAAAAAAUGUUCACUGUAUAGUAUUUAAACCCUAAUGGUUAAAUGAACUUAGACCAUAUAAAAAUGCAUUUAUAAAGUCUUGCAUCAACCCCCUGUGCCACACCCACAUUUUCUAACACAAGAAAAUACUGAGGGAUGAUAUACAGGGGCUUAAUGCAAGAAUACCUUUUAAUUGAGAAGAUGGCUGUUUAGUUUAUCAAGUUCUAAGAGAAAAAGUGUAAUAGAUCCAACAUUGCCAACUGUAAUAUUCACUGGUGUGUGUAAUGAUUAUAUUCAGCAUUUACCACUUCAAGUAAAAGGUUAUAAAAAACAGAGUUAGGCCAAGCAGAUACAUGUAUCUCAGUUCUUGUAAAAAGUACACUUGGUUGCUAUUUUCACAAAAUAUCAAAAAAUGUUUCAAAAUUCCACUUUACCAAAGCAGAGGUAUGUAGUAGGGGGAUGGGGG